AAAGCGAAUCUUCAGCCGCGACUGCGCCUCAGAGACAAAUAGAACCGGGUCCAAACGAGUGGCACAGGCUAACGCAAAGGCAAACGCAAUGUCACUAGACGGUGGCCAGAAUCUUAGCUUGGAUGCGGCGGGCAUUGGCCCACAUCCAUGUGGAUCCGGUAGUUCGCCAGCACCACCUGGCAUUGGGUUGUUGAGUGGCAUGGUGACCGUUCUUGUGCAAACGCUUCUAUCGUCUCAGUGCCUAGUUUCGCCCGCUAGCCAGUGGCCAGUGGACUAUGUUGGCGAUUUGAGUCAGCCCUACGAUUUUGUGGUCAUUGGAGCAGGAUCGGCGGGAUCCGUGGUGGCCAGCCGGCUGAGCGAGAAUCCCGACUGGAGAGUGCUCGUCCUGGAGGCGGGCGGUGAUCCACCCAUCGAAUCUGAGUUGCCGGCACUAUUCUUUGGACUGCAGCACACGAAGUUCACGUGGAACUACUUCACAGAGCCCAGUGACGAUGCCUGUCAGGGAAUGAAAGAUGGUCGCUGCUAUUGGCCACGAGGCAAGAUGCUGGGAGGAUCGGGAGGAGCCAACGCCAUGCUAUAUGUUCGUGGCAAUCGCAGAGACUUUGAUGGUUGGGCGGCAAUGGGAAGCACGGGCUGGAGUUAUGAUCACGUGCUGCCGUUCUUCGAAAAGUCGGUCACGCCUCAAGGUAAUGCCACCCAUCCCAAGGGUUAUGUAACCUUAAAACCGUUCGAGCGACAAGAUAAUGACAUACAUCAACUGAUCAUCGAUGGAGCUCAUGAGUUGGGACAGCCAUAUGUGGAGAGAUUCCAAGAGGGCAGUGAAACGGGCUAUGCCCACGUGCCGGGAACCGUGAGACAAGGUCAAAGGAUGAGCACAGCCAAAGGAUAUUUGGGUGCAGUCGCCAAAUCUCGAUCCAAUCUUCAUGUGGUUAAGAAUGCACUGGUCACCAAAUUGGAUCUCGAUGGCGAAACGGUGACAGGAGUUAAAUUCGAAAGGGCUGGUGUUAGCCAUCGAGUGAAAGUGACCAAGGAUGUGGUGAUCUCGGCCGGCGCCAUCGAUUCACCAGCUCUUCUCCUGCGUUCCGGCAUUGGUCCCAGUAAGCAUUUGGAGGAGUUGGGCAUACCCGUAGAACUAGAUCUUCCAGGAGUUGGACGCAAUCUCCAGGAUCAUGUCGUUGUGCCCAUCUUUUUGAGACUGGACGAGGGUCAAGCCGAGCCAAUGACAGAGAAGGCUGUCCUGGAUGGUAUAUAUCAGUACCUUAUCCAUCGCACCGGACCUCUGGCUGCUCACAGCACCGCCUCCUUGGUGGCGUUCAUUAACACAAAUGCGAGUAGCGAUAGUGCUUAUCCGGAUACCGAGAACCAUCACAUGUUCUUCCAGAGAGCCGAUCACGCUUCGCUGGAACUUUUUACCAAGGGUCUAUCCAUUCAAGACCAAUACACAGACGUAUUGCAAGAAUAUCUCAAGGACUCCCAUUUGCUGUGCGUUUUUAUUCUACUCUCACAUCCUGCGGCCAGAGGUGAAUUGCAUCUAAAGAGUAGAGAUCCCAAGGAGCCGCCGAUCCUAACCAGUAAUUACCUAUCGGAAUCGGAGGAUGUGGCCACCUUGAUGAGGGGCAUACGCUACAUCGAGUCCCUCGGACAGACCAAAGCUUUUCAGGAUCACCUGGCCGAGAUAGCUAGGAUUCCGAUUAAAGAGUGCGAUCACAUAGAGAACUACCGCAGUGACGAGUACUGGCGAUGCUAUGCCAAAUACUUCACCGUCACGUGUUACCAUCAAUCGGGCACCGUGAAAAUGGGCCCCGACUCCGAUCACGAGGCCUGUGUAAGUCAGCGUUUGAAGGUUCAUGGAUUGGAGAACCUGCGAGUGGCGGAUGCCAGCAUAAUGCCAGCGGUGGUCAGUGCCAAUACGAAUGCGGCCACGGUGAUGAUUGGUGAGAGGGCGGCCCACUUCAUCCAGGAGGAUUACCAGGGCGAGGCAGUUGGCGCCAAUGGAGGUCUAUGGGUGCCGCACAUGCAUGCGGAUGACUUCUAGUUUGAUAAUUCCAAACACAGCCCUCCUUUCGAUUGGCAACUUGUCAACAACAAGUUGUUGAUAUCAAAACAAAAUGCAUCCAUUAAAAUCUAUUGAUUUCAACACAAUUCGGUUUAUCGAACUAUGUAAA